AUGGAACACAACAUCCCCUUCAUUUUUCUGGAGAUAAUUCUUGCCCUGAGCAUCGUCUCUAUGAAUGUCCUGGUUUGUGCCACUGUCUAUCUUCACAAGGAGCUGAGGACCGUCACCAAUUUCCUCAUUGUGAGCUUGGCAGCGGCGGACAUUGGAGUUGGCGCAGUCGCCAUCCCAUUCUCCAUUGUGCUGAGCAUGGAAUACACACUCUGUUUCUACACCUGCAUCUUCAUCACUUGCUUUCCUCUGGUUACAACUCAGUUCUCCAUCCUACUCCUCCUGCUAAUCGCCAUCAAUGCCCAUCUAAAGAUCCGACUCCCAAACAGCUACAGCCUGCAUGUAACAAAUGUCCGUGUGUUUCUAGCAGUUGUGCUUUGCCUGCUCCUCUCGUGCCUUAUCGCUUUAUCUCCAAUGAUGGGAUGGAACCAAUUCCAGCAGUAUGUCAAUGGCAACAGAUCCUUGCAGAACCUUGCAUCGGAGAGGUCCAUGGUGGGAUACCCUAGGCCCAGUCCUGUGAUAGACCUUUCAGGUGCCUACUUCAGCCACAAAGAGGCUGAUAACAACAGUGGAAUCCAAGGAGAGCACCUAGGUUGUUGCUCUCUCACAGCUGUUUUCAGCCCAGAGUACCUGGUUUAUUUUGUAUUUUUCGGAUGCACUCUGCUGCCCCUUUUUAUCAUGCUUGCUAUCUAUGGUAACAUCUUUAGAGUUGCUCGAAGCCACCUGAGAUCAGCCAAGCGCUGGGAAGCGCACAUGGCCUGCACACUUCUCCUCCUGGUUGGCAUGUUCUGCCUGUGUUGGAUACCGCUGAACGUCAUCAAUAGCUUGAGGCUCCUGUGCUGGUCCUGCUCCAUUCCUGUAAAUCUAAUACACGUAGCUGUUAUCUUCUCCCACAUGAAUUCAUUUGCAAACCCACUUGUUUACGCUAUGAGGAAGAAAGACUUCGGGGGGGCCCUGAGGUCUGUUUGCCUGGAUUUGCUCACCUGCUGGUCCCCAGUUAAGGCAUGCUGUCGCAAAACAAAGGUCCACCCUCAAAAUGGGUGA